UUAUGAAUAUGUUGAUAUAGAUAUAUUGAAAUUAAAUUUACAUUUUAGGUUUCAGUUGCACCUUCUGUACAGGAAUUUAGUAUCCGAGUACCAAAGAAUAACAAGAAAAAGCAUAAUGUAAUGCGUUUUAACGCAACAUUAAACGUAGAUUUUUCAAAGUGGACACAAGUGAAAAUGGAACGGGAAAAUAAUAUGAAGGAAUAUAAAGGAAUAGAAGAGGAAAUGCCAAAAUUUGGUGCAGGAUCAGAAUUUGGGCGAGACGCGAGAGAAGAAGCUAGACGAAAAAAAUUUGGUAUUACAAGCAGAAAGUACAAACCAGAAGAUCAGCCAUGGAUCUUAAAAUCCGGUGGAAAGACUGGAAAAAAAUUUAAAGGCAUUAGGGAAGGUGGUGUAAGUGAAAAUGCUGCGUAUUACGUUUUUACACAUGCCGCUGAUGGAGCUAUAGAAGCUUUUCCUCUGCACGAAUGGUAUAAUUUUCAACCAAUCCAGAGAUAUAAAGCACUGAGUGCAGAAGAAGCCGAACAGGAGUUUAGCCGUAGGAAUAAAGUAAUGAAUUAUUUUUCACUGAUGUUGCGUAAGAGGCUUAGAAAUGAUGAAGAAGGUGCAGAUGACGAGGAGUUAAUAGAUGGUGGAAAAGGAAAGAAACCUACUAAAAAGGAGAAAGAUUUAAAAAUAUCCGAAAUGGAUGAAUGGAUGGACACCGACGAUGAUGACUCGGGUAGUGACGAGGAAGAAGCUAAAAAGAGUUCUGAGGAAGAGGAUAGUAAGAAAAAGAAGAAAGGCAAAGUUGAGGUUGCGAAAAAGAAGAAGAAGAAGAAGAACGCUUCAGAUGAUGAAGCAUUUGAAGAAAGCGAUGAUGGAGAUGAAGAGGGAAGAGAAUGUGAUUAUAUUUCUGAUUCUUCUGACUCUGAAUCAGAACUAGAACAACAAAAGGAAAUUAAGUCAGUUGCAGAAGAGGAUGCUCUAAGAAAACUGCUUGCUUCUGAUGAAGAAGACGAAGAUGAAGAAGAGGCAGAUAAAAAGGAUGGUGAUGAGGAUAAAGAAGAAGAUGAUGAACAUAAAGAUAAGGAUGACAAAGAUAAAGACAAGACCAAUAAAGAUGCAGAUAAAAAGAAAGAUAAGAAAAAGAAGAAAAAACAAUCUAAGAAGAAAGAUUCCAAGAAGCUUGCACCGGGAAAAGAAUCUUCUAGCGAUUUUUCUAGUGAUUCUGAUUCAGAAUCCGAUACAGUAAAAGAGAAAGAUAACAAAAAAUCUAAUAGUGCGCAUAGCUCAAGAUCUGCAACGCCUACAGCUGGGAUAUCAGAUUCUUUAAAGAGGAAGCAAGCGGGGUCGCCAGAUAUAUCGCAAGCAAAGAAAUUGAAAUUGGACAACUUUAAUUUAGUGCCAGUAACUUCUUAUAUUCCAGGAGCCAGUGAAUCUGGUAUAACGGAAGAUGCAGUCAGACGUUAUCUUAUGCGUAAACCGAUGACAACAACGGAAUUAUUGCAAAAGUUUAAGUCAAAGAAAACCGGUCUUACUUCUGAACAGUUAGUAAAUGUAAUGACACAGAUACUGAAAAAAAUCAAUCCCACCAAACAAACAAUAAAAAAUAAAAUGUAUCUAUCUAUUAAAACCCAAUCUAAUUGAUAUUUGCUAAUUUGUUUUUAUAGCAUAGCAUAAUUACUUUAACACUAUGUAACAUGUACAUGUAAUGCGUGAAAAAAUACUUUGUACAGUGACAAACAGAAAAAUAAAUAAAUAAAUUAAUUAAAAUUUAUUUUCAUUA